AUGCCUCCAAGACGGGCACCUGCUGCUCCUGUUACCGAAGAUGAUCGGGUUGAGCGUAUGGCCAACUCGAUGAAUGUGAUGGCGGUUUCCAUAACAGCUCAGACUAAUGCGAAGACCCAAAGAGAUUUGGAGAAGCGCGAAAGAGAAGUCCAUGCUGCGGGGACUCGUGUUCUUACAAGUUUCAACCAUCAGAAUCCUCCAAGGUUCCGUGGUGACGGAGGACCUGCUGCUGCUGAUUUAUGGCUUCAGGCCAUUGAGAAAAUUUUGGGGGCUAUCCAUUGCCCGGAAGGAGAAAUGGUGACCUUGGCCACCUACCAAUUGCUAGGGGAUGCUGAAUAUUGGUGGGGCAACACCAGCCUGCUAAUGGAAGCUGCAUAUGAGGAGUUCUCAUGGGAGAAUUUCAAGAGAAAAUUUCUAGCCAAAUAUUUUCCGGAAACAGCUAGGGAGAGGUACGGGGAAGAAUUCCUGAAACUGACUCAGGGAGGUUUGAACGUCGAGGCCUAUGCCAAGAAGUUUGAAUCAUUGUCUCGACACUUCCGUUUCUUCAGGGAUGGCAUAGAUGAGUCAUACAUGUGUCGUCAAUUUCAAGGAGGGCUGAGGUACGAACUGCAAGAUGCAGUGGUGCCAUUGGGGAUUCGACAGUUCCAGGUGCUUGUGGAGAAGUGCCAAGAGAUAGAGGACAUGAGGAAUAAAAGGAAGCCGGGCCAUUAUGCUAGAGAUUGCCGUGCUCCAAAAGCGGCGCCGUCAGAGAAUGCAACACAAGGAGCUCGACCCACCGCCAAAGGACGUGUCUACUGUAUGGGCACGGAAGGGGAUUGGAAUGUUUCUUUUCAGCAUACUCUUAGAGAGGGUAAUGAAUGUGCCGAUUGGCUUGCGAAGACUGGAGCCUCCUGCAAUGAUACUUUGAAGAUUUGGAAUAGUUGUCCUCCUCAACUCAGUCUCGUGUUGAUGGCUGAUGUUAUGGGUGUUGCUCGUCCAAGAGCUUAG